AUGGAGUUUAACUCUUCACACUUUGAUUUCCCAAGGAAACAAAUUGAAGAGGAAGUCAUUGAAGGCUUCGACACUACCAAAACUCAAUAUAUUUCUACAUUUUUCUAUAGAUAUUUGAGUUUAUCAACAAAAAUCGAGCUAGACAAUCCAAAUACUCCUCAGCUGAUGCGCGAGCUUGUUCCAAAUGAAAUAGAGCAAGGAUUCCUAGAUAAAAUGGACAACUUUCUCCAAGCUUUAGGCGUAUCUCGCUCUCCUCAGCAAUUAUUACCAAAAGUUACCUUACCAGGCCGCAAUCCAAUGAGCAAAUUCGAUUACGAAACAUCCAAUCUCUAUCUUAAACAUUAUGGAGAAGGUGUUUUCCAUACAAUUUUAUUUUUCACAAAUUCCGGUUUUUACUAUUUACAAAGUAAGGACGAAUUUGAUAUCGAGAGUGACAAAUUCAUCAUUAUACUAUCAAGCCAGUACUAUGCAGAGAUAAAUUCCAACAUUUCGAAUCAAAUCACGAUUCACAAGGAGAACCAAACUGUUUCUACACAAACUAGUGAUCAAUUUGGAGAGUUCUUUGAUCUUGUCAACUUCGAAUACCAAAGUGAUGAUUGGAUUCCAAAGAUAAAUUAUAUUUCAUUUCUUUCUUACAUCAACGCCAUUUGUCCAAUAAAUAAUGACAUGUUUCGUCUUAAUGCAAACAAAUUCCGUAACAAAAGUCACAAAAUCAUUGGUUUGAUCGGUCAUUUUUCUGAUAUUAAAAAUAUCUUCUCAAAUUCAGAAAAACUCCACGGAUAUCUCUAUUCCAUCUCAGAAAACAACAAACCCUGCAUCUAUCUCGGCAUAGACGGCAACCAAGAAUAUUUAAUAUUAUUUAUACCGAAUAACUUAUCUCCAGCACAUCCAAUGUACAAGAAACUAUCCGAAUUUUCAUUUACAUUCAUGAAAAGCAUCUGUUCUCGCGUGGAAUUGGUUCAAUAUAAUAUAAAAGAUACAAUUUCGAAGAAAUUAUUAAUUGGAAACACUUUAUCGAACUACAAAUUAUAUGGAUCAUUAAAUACCCUUUGUUCUGUUACAAAAAACGCGAAAACAAAUAAUAUUGACUUUAAAUUUGACAAUUUUGAUGAAUUUUUGGGUUGGAUUGAUUGGAUUUCUUCUACAAAUCAGAUCAGCAUCAGUCAAUACAAGUCUCUCAACGGAAUCCACCAAGAUAAUUUUAUUAAUUUAUUAUUUUCAGAAGAAUUUGACAGCCAUCGUUCCAAAGUGUUCCAAACAGAGUUCAACGACCUGGAGAACGAAAUGAAAGCGUUGUUUUUGAAGUUGGAGUCGUUAAAAAAGGAAAGUGACAGAACGUUUAUAAAUUCAUGUAUUUACUGCAGAAGGAGGGAAGAAAUACAAGUAAAACCGGAGCUUUUGUGUCCCAGAUGCGGUGUCCAGAAAUUCGGGGCCGAAGAAUUCAGAAAAAUCAUGAAAAACGUUGUAGAAGGUGAAGAACGAUUAAAUAAUUAUUUGACAAACAUCAAAAGAUUCAAUGACCUCUACAAUGAGAUCAUCGAAGAAUCCGAGAGCCCAUUCACCUUCUACAAGCAGUUACUCGUCAAGAACUAUCUCCUCAACUGGGCAAACGAAGCUGCAAACUCUUGGAGUUAUCCUGAUUAUUUAUCCAAAAAAUUCAAUACUGACAUCACUAAAAAACUGACAUUUGAGACCAUCUCACUUUUGCCACUUGAAAAUGCACCAUGUGGAAAUGAGAAGUCAAAGGUUCUUCCAAGGGAAACGUUCAAAGAACAGAUGGAUAUCUUGAAAACUUUCAUUUUAAUCAAUCUAAAUUCGCAUAGAAUCGGAUCCGUUGAAAAUGUUUUGAUAAAAAGUAUCAAAAAAGCUUUCAAAAAGAAUGAUUUGAUGAACCAGUUCGACAGGAAAACACUUAACCAGAUUUCUAAAGAAGAUGUAAAUAAUAAAAGUUUAAGGUUAAUGACAAAAAGUGACAAGAAAAAUAACAUUUAUUUAGAAGAGAUCAAAGUUGUUGAUGGAAUCAAUUUUAAUGCGAAAAUGUCAUCAAAUGGUUCUUUCUCUGACUUCAAUUUCUAUAAAGUCAAAAAUUCUGACACUUUUACCUCUCAAAAUCAAAUGGAAUUGGUCACUUCACUUCGCAAUCAACCAUCGAAUUUUUCUGUUGUCAACUCUUGGUUUGUUGAAAAAGGAGUUCUAGUUCUUGGAAAAUUUGACACAAAAAGCGGUUUAUCUGAAUUAAAACUGUUCUUUUUGGAGUCAAACUCUGAUGUAAAAAUUCCAUCAGAAAUCAAAAUCGAAACAGAAAAAUUUGAUUUAAGGUUAAAGUUACAAACCGUUUUUUCACUUUGUUUCAACUCAUUGGUCAUUUUGCACCAUAAAAUAGUUGACAACAAAGUACAGCCUUACUUGACAUCAAUUGAAAUUUCAAGUGAUUUCAAGUCUUGUCAAAAAAUUGUGUCAAAAUGUUUGUCAUUUUUGACAGACCAAGAAAUUUCAGGAAUUUCAAUUGAUUUGAGCGGUUUGACAGCCGUUUUUUCAUUGAAACCACAGUUAGUCGACAAAAAUUUGUUGGCAAAAUAUUUCUUGUUCUCACCAAGAACUCUUGAGAUUUCUGACACUUUAAUCGACACAGAUUUGCCAUAUAAUGAAAACCAAAGUUUGGAUAAUUAUGAAAUUUUGCCACUUUACAUGUCAAAAACAAAUGAAGCGGUAAAAAUCUUCAGCGUUUCGAAGAAUGGAAAGGAUGAAGAUAGAAACAUAUUCUAUGCUAUAAAGGAUAUGAAAGAACAGAAAGUUUACUCUAAUCGCAGUAAUCCAGGAAAGAUUAACUUGGCUUUCGGACUUUUGAAUGAUGAUCCAUGUCCAAUAAUACGCGCAAAUGCUCCUGUUUACGCUCCAUUCCUGUUAGAAGGAGAAAACCAAAACAAUUUCGCAUUCGAAAUUGAAAAUGACGUUUUCGAUGAGAAUUCUAUUGCCAAGUUCGUCAAGGACUCAAUAGAACACUUUGGCUACUCAGAACUCAUGAAGAUCAACAACAGUUACCCUCAAAAUUCCUUCGCAGUCCAUUCAGAUGAUGAAAAAGUGACAAAGGGAAUUCACCAGGAAAUUGAAAAAGAAUUUGGAGAAAUAGCCAAAUAUAUUUAUCCAGAAAACGUCGAAAAAGAGAAACCAUUCAAAGAUGGCUGGAAAUUCUUCUUCGGAAUUUUGAAUUUCCCAGCGAUUUGGUUCUCAAUCGUUCCCAGAAAGGAUAUCGAUGGUCUAGAUGAGUCAACCAUCAUGUACAGAGUCAAAGAAAAGGUCGCACAUGUAAAAGCAGGUUUCCCACAAGUCGCAUAUUCAAGAUCUGUUCCAAAUGAGCCGUCAAUUUCAGUAACUUUGCUUGAUUUAUUCGAAAAUGAUGGUUCUUCCAUAUUAUCAGCACUUACAGGACUCCAGAUGUUCAAGAUUCCUCCAGCAACUGUCUCAUUUGGUACAAAUGUAAAAGUUGACGACAAAAAUGUCACAAAUAUACAUGUAAUGCACAUGAGACAGUCCUUGCCAUUCACACAUUCAACAGUAUUCAGUUCAUUGAUCGGUGCUCUUGGAUCUGCUCAAUUUUUGAUUUUAAAUGUUGGCAAAAAUAUUGUCACUUUUCUUGACGGAUUGAAAUCAUUUGUCAAUGAUAUUUCCAGCAUCAAUGACCAGUUUAAUGAUAUAUACAACGACUUCGUCCUUCAACAUUUGUUUAUUAUUUGUGAUAUCGAUGAUGAAAACGUUUUGAAAGGAAAAAUUGAGUCAAUUUUCAGUUUUGGAAGGAAUCAAGAGAUUAUUUCGACUCUUUUCCCAUUGGAUGAAGAUAGUGGAACAACAAAGAAUGUUCAUUAUAUCUCAUCAAAGAAAUCAACAAUUGAAAUUUCCCAAAUCAUCGGAAACAUCAUUUCUGAAACAAAAAUAUCGAAUGAAUUCACGACAAAGGAUUCUUUGAUUCGUUUCCAGAAUUAUGGAUCUGUUUUCGCUGCCAUGACACAAUUCCAAUAUCAGAUAUUAGAAUUUUAA